AUGGACCCUCACCGUCCUCUGCUGCCAGAAGAGGCAGAAAACUGGCGCCCCUCUCCUCAGGAGACGAAGUGGAGACCAGCUCGCCGGAAAGGCAAUCUUGUUCUCCUUUCCUUCUUCUCCUCCUCCCUUCUUCCACCUGACAAGAUCAAGUGGACUGCUGCCCCCGCUGGGCUGGCCUGCGGCCUUGCGGCAUUAACCACCGAUAGAGAAGAAGUUGAAGUCUUUUAUAAUGAAGUUCAGUCUGAAAUCCAUAGUAAGUGGGAUGUGCUGUUUGAAUUUGGAGAUGGGAAUGCCAGAAUUGGAAAUUGCAUGGAGGAAAAUGUUGUCAUCAACAUCAGAGACUUUGAAAAAAAGAACCAUUCAGCUAUCAGGGAAUUUGUGUUGUUAGGCUUAACAAGUUCUCCUGAAAUACAGACACUUCUAUUCUGGUCAUUCAUAUUUGGCUAUGUUACAGCUCUGGUGGGUAACUUCCUUCUUAUCUUUACCAUAUGCACUUCUAAGAAACUUCACACUCCAAUGUAUUUCCUCCUUGUCAAUCUGUCCUUGGUGAAUGUGCUCUCCAUCUCAACCACAACACCCAAAUUGCUGCAGACACUUUUGUCAUGCAAAAACACCAUCUCAUUUUAUGGUUGUAUCACCCAGGUCUAUUUUUUUAUAUUGUUCCUGGUGACAGAACUUCUGCUGCUGACAAGCAUGGCUUUUGACCGUUAUGUUGCAAUCUGUUACCCAAUGCAGUAUACACUUAUCAUGAGGAAGGAAGUGUGUGUUGCGAUAGCUCUUGGAGCUUGGUUUUUAGCACUGAUAAAUUCUUCAGUCAACUCUGGCCUUGUCCUACAGUUAUCCUUCUGUGGAUCCAAUAUUAUCAAUCAUUUCUUCUGUGAUCUGCCUCCACUGUUAAAGCUAUCAUGCUCAGACACCAGCUUGAAUGAAACUAUGGCUUCAAUAGCAGAUGUAAUUUUUGCUGUUUUCAGUUGUGGACUGACCCUAACAUCAUACGGAUUUAUUAUAAGGGCCAUCUUCAGAAUCCGUUCCACCGAAGGGAAGAAGAAAGCAUUCUCCACAUGUUCCUCCCAUCUCAUUGUCGUUAGUAUAUACUUUUCGUCAGUCAUCUACACAUAUAUCAGGCCCACUUCAGUCUAUUCUCUAAACCGAGACAAAAUCAUUUCUCUCCUUUAUUCAGUGGUAACCCCAGUUAUUAAUCCACUCAUAUAUUCACUAAGAAACAAAGAAGUAAAGGAAGCUCUCAGGGCCUUUAUUGGAAGAAACAGAACAUUCUCAAGAAAUCAACAUUAA